AUGCAGUGGAUAAUAUUCAUGUUGCUGUUAUUCAUCAGCUCCAUGGAAAUGCUCACGCAGAACCGAUGGAAGAAGCAAGCGAGCGCUGGCCUGCUGGAGAACUGCACGGGCUGCGUCCUGUGCUCGGAGGACAACGGCUGCAUCACCUGCCACCACCGGCUCUUCCUGCUCAUCUGGAGGGACGGCAUCCGCCAGUACGGCAUGUGCGUCCACACCUGCCCCCCCGGCUACUUUGGGGUGCGAGGGCUGGAGGUCAACAGAUGCACAAAGUGCAGGUCGCCCAGCUGCGAGAGCUGCUUCAGCAGAGACUUCUGCAUGAAGUGCAAAGACAAGUUUUACUUGCACAAGGGCCAGUGUUUUCGGCAGUGCCCCCCCAGCACCACGGUGCAGCCUGGCACCCGCGAGUGCCAAGAGACGUGCGAGCCGGGACCGUGGAGCGAGUGGAGCGCCUGCACCCACGAGGGCCGGACCUGCGGCUGCAAGUGGGGCGUGGAGACACGGGUCCGGGAGGUGCCGGGGGCUCCCCGGGAGGAGGGGGCCGCCUGUCCCGCGCUGCUGGAGACGAGGAAGUGCCGGAUGAGGAAGCACUGCCCGGGAGAGAAAACUGAACCCAAAAAUAAAGGCAAAAAGCGACAGAAGAAGCCGAAGACAGAACCGCAUGCGGGUACCUAG